AUGUAAAUUUAUAUAAAAAUAAUACAAUAUUUUAAAUAAAUAUAUAAUCUAAUUAUCAAAGGUCUAUUCAUUUUUAAACAGAGGUAUUAUUUUGUUUUUUUUGAAACAAAUAAAAAAAAUAAUCUAAUUUCUUUUUAUUUUUAUUAUAAAAAUACUUUCAUAAAAAUAUAAUAUUAUUUAAAAAAAGACUCUGUAAAGGUUUAAGUUUCUUAACUAUUUGAACAUGAUCCAGAAAAAAUAGAUUUAACAUCAAAAAAUUUUAUGUUUGCAGUUAAAAUUGAACAUGAUAAUUUUUUAAAAAGGCCUCAUUUUAACGUAACUUUUCGAUUAUCACAUAAUAUUAAUUAUAUAAACGGGACUACAUAAAAAAUUAGAGUAAAAAAUAAAUAAAUAAAAAAAAAGAAUACUUAUAUAAUUUAUUAAAAGUAAUAUGCGUAAUUAGAACCUUGUAGAUUAGACCACUGGAUGAAUUUUCCAAAUUUUGGUUAAGAUUGGGAAGAAAUAUUUUAGAAGUCAUAAUUAGAUAAAUUUUUAUGUCCAAAAAUUGACUAAUUAUAUAGUAUAGGAGGUACUUAUAAAAGUGAUGAUUUUCAUUAUUUUAAAUUAUAUAUAUAAAAAUGCUAAAAUAAUACGCAUUCUGAUACAUAAGAUUUUGAAACAGCAUGUUCUUCUAAUGAAGAAUAAUUAUAAUAUAUAAAUUCAAAUAAUAUAAAAUUUAAUAUGUAUUUUUAUAACAUCAUAGUAAAUCCAGAUAAAGCAUAAAAUUAUAUUUAAAGUUAUUUAAGUACAGAUUUAGUAUUUUAAAUCUAACCAUAUUCAAUAUAUAAAAAAAUUGAUGUUUAUUUAACUUAAUAUGAUAUAACAAAUGAUGAUAGUUUACUUCCUAUACCAAACUUUACUAACAAUAAAUUUGUAGCUUAUUAACAAAAUAACUUUAGAGAAUAAUAUAAUUUAGCAAAUCCUUAAGAUAUAAUAUAUGCAGAUUUGAAUUUUCGUAGAACUCUUAUAAGUAGUAUUAUUGAUCGUAAAUAUGAAAAAAUUGAUGAAAUAAUAUCUUAUAUAGGAGGAUUUGCAUAAUUUUUUUUAUUAGUAUCAUCUAUAAUUGGUUUUUAAAAAAUAAUAAAUAUAAUAUAUUUAAGUAAAAAAAUAGUAAAUUAUUUUAAUGAAUUUAUAUAUUAAAUUGAACUCUCAAAUAAAUUAUAUGAUUUUGAUUUUUAAGACGAUGAUAUAAACCAUAAAAAAGUUAAAAAAAAUAAAAAAAUAAUAAUUCCCUAAUAAUCAUUGACAUCUAAAAAAUUAGAAGAAAUAAGUCCUAUAAAAAACAUUAAUAAUUGUUUCUUAUCAAGUCCUAGAAAUGAAAACAUUAAUAUUUUAAAUUAUUAAGAAUUAUAUAAAUAAAAUCAAUGUUUCAUUAAAUAACCAAUAGAAAAUUAUAAUCAAUAUAAAAAAUCAGAAUUUAUUAAUAAAACGACAAAAAAGGAAGAUAAAAUAAAUAAUAAUUCUGAAGACUUAGGCUUUAGAAACCGAAAGUAAUUUCUUGCGAAAGAAUUCGAAUAUAUAGUGAAAAGAAAGAAGAAAAUUUAACUAUAAAUCUAAUAUUUUUUACAUAAAAUUACUUGCGGGAAACUUUUUAAUACUAAAAUGGUUAGAUUAAUAGAUAUAGCAGCUAAAAAUGUAUGUUAAGAUUUAGAUAUAUGUUAUAUAUUGGAUAAAUUAAAAGAAAUAGAAAAAUUAAAACAACUUUUUUUAGAUAAAGAAUAGUAAAUUUUAUUCAAUUUUUUCCCAAAGCCAAUAAUUAAAGAUAAUUUUGAUAAUUAAAAGUUAAAUCCUUCAAAUAAUAUGUUAAAUUUAAGUGCUUAGUUUUUAUAGAAAAAUAAUAAAAAAUAAAUAAAAAAUAAAAAAAUUAGAAUCAAAGAAUCAACUUUAGUAGUUUAAGCAGCUUAGAAAUUUUUGAGAGGAAUUAGAAAAAAUAAAUAUAGUAAUGUAAAUGAUUAUUAAAAACUUUAUGAAGCUUAUGAAAUUAUUCGUGAGAAAAAUAAUAAUAUGUAAUAUUUUAUUAAUAUAUUUUAAUUAUUAUUGUUUAUAUUGUUUAUUUAAUUAUAUUUAUUUAUAAAUUUAGAAUUAAUUAAAAGUUAAUUGAUUUUUUAGGAAAAGAAAUGA